ACAUUGCAGAUGUCAUGGUAUCCUCAGUAUCGUUCAAAAUUCCGCCAUGUUUACGGCAAGGCAGCCAGUAAGGAGAAUUGCUAUGACUGUGUGCCUAUCACCCAGAGCGUCCAUGACAACCAGUUCUGUGCUGUGAACCCACAUUUCAUUGCUGUUGUGACGGAAUGUGCAGGUGGAGGAGCCUUCCUUGUUAUACCAGUAAAUCAAACAGGGAAGCUUGACCCGCAUUACCCUCGCAUCUGUGGGCACAAAGGGAACGUUUUGGACAUUAAGUGGAAUCCCUUUGAUGACUUUGUAAUAGCUUCAUGCUCCGAAGAUGCCACUGUUAAAAUCUGGAACAUUCCUCAGCACAUACUAACAAAAAGCAUCACAACUGCGCAGAAGGAGCUCCUUGGCCAUGCCCGAAGGGUGGGGCUAAUCGAAUGGCACCCGACUGCAAGUAACAUCCUUUUCAGCACCGGCUAUGAUUACAAAAUCAUGAUCUGGAACCUUGACACCAAAGAGUCUGUAAUUCAGGCCCCCGUGAAGACAAUCAACUUCCACACGGACGUGAUCCUCUCCAUGUCGUUCAACACGGAUGGCAGCCUCUUAACCACAGCCUGCAGGGACAGGAAAAUCAGGAUCAUCGACCCACGAGCAGGAACUCUCUUACAGGAAGCAAACAACAAGUCUCACAGAGUGAAUAAAGUUUUGUUUCUAGGAAACAUGAAAAGGCUGAUCUCCACAGGGACGUCCAGGUGGAAUAACAGGCAAAUUGCACUAUGGGAUCAGGGUGAUCUUUCUGUGCCUUUACUGGUGGAGGAUGUGGAUGGCUCCUCAGGUCUCUUGUUUCCUUUCUAUGACUCAGACACGCGCAUGCUGUAUGUGCUGGGCAAGGGGGAUGGAAAUAUCAGGUACUAUGAGAUAGAUCAGGAGAAGCCUUUCCUAAACUACCUGAUGGAAUACCGCUCUGCUUUGCCCCAGAAAGGAAUCGGGAUCAUGCCAAAGAGGGGUCUGGACGUCUCUUCCUGUGAGAUCUUCCGAUUCUAUAAACUGAUUCCGGUCAAAAGCCUGAUUGAGCCAGUUUCUAUGAUCGUGCCUCGGCGGUCUGAAUCGUACCAGGAAGACAUCUAUCCAAUGACAGCUGGAGUCCAACCAGCACUGACGGCACAACAGUGGCUGAGCGGCGCUAAUAAAGGACCUGUGUUGAUGUCUCUGAGACCAGGCUCUGUGAUUUUGAACUCUUUGCCGCCAUUCCCGGAAAAGGAGGCAUCAUUGGCAGCAACAGAGCCGGUGCAGUACCAAAGCAGGAUGGCUGAUGCUACUGAAAAGACAAGCAGGACCCAACAGAAGUGGGGACACAGGAAGACCGAGGAAAGGGGACAGGAAGACAGGCGAAUCGGGUUGUCGAACGGCUUUGACGUGUUUGAGUGUCCUCCGCCCAAAACAGAAAAUGAGCUGCUGCAGAUGUUUUACCGACAGCAGGAAGAAAUCCGGAGGCUCCGUGAGGUUCUAAUCCAGCGCGACGUCCAGGUCAAACAGCUGGAGCUGGAGAUCAAAAACCUUCACAUGGAUUCGAGCCGGAUCUGACAGGACGUUGCUUGGCAGCCUUUGGAAGGCCACUCAACUCCAGGACAGCUGUUGCCACGGAACUUUAUCCUUGGAGGAUUAUGGUCCAGAAGGAGGAGAACUUGGGAUUUACCGGCAACCCAUUGCCUGCCUUGAGUGCCCCAUUGCCUGCAAGCUGGAGACUGCUGGGUUUCUUACAGGUGCUUUGUUUACUGGUCCCCUUCUUUGCAAGGAACUCCUAGAUUAAAAGUGGCCCCAGAGUCCCUCUGUGACUAGGAGAUGUCUCAAGGUGAAGAUAGAGGCUCCUGCAGCCCCCUGUCCCUGUGUGUGCCUGAAGCUUCAUUGAGGAGCAGAGCGUCCU